AGGCGACAAUCAAGGAAGUUUUAUGAAUUAUGAUAAUAAAAGUAAUGGGAAGCAAAAAAGAAAAAUUAUAACCAUUAUCUUUUUACUUUCUACUUGAACUAAAACAAUAAACCAGGCUCAGUCUCUACUCAACUAGUGAUGGAAGUGUAAAAUACAGGAAUCUGAACAACGAAGGAAAUGCUUUGUAGCCGUGAGAUUCUCAAUUUUCUUAUCAGGAAAGAUGUGAAGAAGAUACUGAAGCGGAAGGACAGCGAUGCCGGCCAACGAGGAAAAGCCCUAGAAGACUUGCGAGCUUCUAUAUUUAAUAAAUUCCGCUCAUCUGAAAGUGCAAAGCGUCAACAGCAACGAAUAUGUGGUCCCGUUGCCGCUCUUACAUUCAAUUUUAUGGUUGCUGUUGGUAUUAUUUUCAUGAACAAAUGGGUUCUUAAAAAUGUAGGAUUCCAGUUUCCUGUGUUUCUGACUUUUAUUCACUAUGCUGUAAGCUGGGCAUUGAUGGCCAUUUUGAAUUCUUUUGCUCUUCUUCCUGCAUCUCCACCCUCAAAAUCAACCCCUUUGUCUUUGUUUACUCUUGGUGUUGUUAUGUCUUUAUCUACUGGUCUUGCUAACGUUAGCUUGAAAUACAACAGUGUGGGAUUUUAUCAGAUGGCGAAGAUUGCUGUCACGCCAUCUAUUGUCCUUGCAGAGUUUAUAUGGUACAAGAAGAAAGUCACUUUCUCCAAGGUGGUUGCACUAACAGUUGUAUCUAUUGGUGUUGCAAUUGCUACUGUUACUGAUUUGCAAUUCAGCCUCUUCGGAGCCUGUGUGGCGGUGGCGUGGAUAAUCCCUAGUGCUGUCAAUAAAAUCCUUUGGUCCAACAUGCAGCAACAAGAAAACUGGACAGCAUUGUCGUUAAUGUGGAAAACAACGCCAAUCACUUUGCUUUUUCUGGUUUCUAUGAUUCCUUUCCUUGAUCCCCCUGGUGUGCUGGCGUUUCAUUGGAGCUUCAACAAUACAUCAGCAAUCCUCGUAUCAGCUUUCCUUGGAUUCUUACUUCAGUGGUCGGGAGCCUUGGCGCUUGGGGCCACUUCUGCAAUUUCCCACGUGGUUCUCGGACAAUUCAAAACUUGUGUUAUUCUUCUUGGAAGUUUUUACCUGUUUGGGUCAAAUCCGGGCACAACUAGUAUUAUUGGAGCAUUUAUAGCAAUUGGUGGUAUGUCCUUUUUCACAUACCUCAAUUUACGUGAUAAGAAGCAACAACCACAACCGGGGCUGCAAGUUUCAUCCGCUUUGCCCAAGUCCAAGUUGAGUGAGGGAAAUGGGGAUAUCUGCGAUGGGUUCGGUACUGAAACUGUCUAACAAAAAAGGGAAUCUAUGCGGAUACUGGAGAUGUUAAAACUAUAUUAACCAAACCCUUUGCAUAGGAAGCUAAUCAUUUCAGUGUUGAUAGUGAGUAAUGAGUUUUAAUUAUGCCUUUUAAUAGAUACAAGGGCGUUGAUAUGUCAAUAUGUUGGUUGAAUAUUGAGUUUGAUGGGAGAUAUGAUUAUUAGCCUCUCUUCACCCAAGCUUUUGACUUUCAAGCAAUGAGUAUGUAUGAUUUAGUUUUAUUAGAUUAA